AUGGUCACAGAAAAUGGAGACUCUCGUUAUCCGCCCCUGUCAGGCAGUCAUGAUCUCCCCAGUCGUCGUCGAAUCCCUCAUCCACUGCGACUCGACCCGUUGAGAAUCAAUCCGCCCUCUCCUCGACCCUCCACUGCCGGCUCCUCUCGCCCACCUCUCUCGUCUCGCCCCCCGCCGUUUCCUCGGUCCCCCCGAAAACACCUGGAUCAGACGCAGACGACUUUGCAUGACUCCUUCUGGCGUUCGGUUUCGCCUCACCGUGUCGCCAAUGAUGAUUUUGCCAUUCGUGGACCACCGUACCGUUCCCCGACGUUCCCCAUCCCACCUCAAGAGCGUUUCCAAAAACCUGUUUCGCGGGAUGGCGAGUUCGAUCGCCCGUCUCAUCGCAGAACUCCCCCCUUACGAACUUCUCGAUCCACGUCCCGCCUGAACUCCAGACGCCCCCGAGCUCCCCAGACCCUUGAAGGCCCAUCCGGAGACUCCAAUUCUCAAGGGCUUCCUCUUCUACGCCCUACACAUGGGUCGUCGGAUGCGUAUGCUGAGGAUGUGCUCCGAUCCAGCGUGAACUCGGCCAUGACGUCGCGAUCCAGCAUUGAGCAUGCCAGCGGUACGGAGCGCAGCAGUGUUCUAACGAAAAGUAGCUCCAUCACCGACCUGUCCCCAGAUACGCCGGAUGGACCGUAUGGAAAGGAUGGAGACAUGAGUGUCGAGGAUGCCAUUUCCAUGUACCUCGAUGGGUUUAGUGAUGUGACCGAAGAGCCCGCAUCGCCAGACCUGCACGUGGACGCCAAACGGAGACCGUGGAGCCCGCGCCCCCCUACGGAGCGGACGAUCGAUGGUGAUCACACGUUCGAUGAGCUUUCGCCCGAUCUACUGACCACUAAGGAUUUACCGCCAGUACCACCCCUUCCGAAUCUCAAUCCACCGGACCAGAACACCGUGGAUAAACAAUUCUUAGGUGAGGCAAAGCCGGAUGAAAUCCUCUUGGAUGAGGCCCUAGGAGAAACCUCAUCGGAUCCGCCUGGGGAUAGUGUCCCGCAAGAGACCAAGAUCAUUAUUCCAGGCAUCGUGCCUCCUCCUUUAUUAUUGGAGACGGAAACUCGCGAUCGCUAUGGCUUUCGCAAAUCCAGUCACCAUAUUACCCUGGAGCAGUAUGAGGCCUGGAAUGGCCACUAUACUGAAUUCGCAGCGAACCGGAGAAUCAAAUGGAUGGAGUUGCUGAGGGAGAACAGCUUGCCAACUGAUAACCCGACCACGUUUCCACCGAGGACAAAUAAAGUCAAGCGUUUUGUGCGCAAAGGGGUCCCGUCCGAGUAUCGCGGCGCGGCUUGGUUCUGGUAUGCUGGAGGCUAUGAGCACCUCCACCGGAACCCAGGUCUGUACGACCGGCUCGCCAAGCAGGCCAUGGAGUCUCCGAGUAAUAACGACAAGGAACACAUCGAGCGCGACCUGCAUCGCACAUUCCCCGAUAACCUCCACUUCAAGCCCGAGUCGGCGAACCAGCCUGGAAAUAGUGGGAGCAGCAACCCCAAAUAUUCCUCCGUCAUCGUGGAGACCCAGAUGAUUGAGUCGCUGCGUCGGGUGCUGUAUGCUUUUUCUCUGCAUAACCCCCAAGUUGGAUAUACCCAGUCGCUCAAUUUCAUCACGGGCCUGCUCCUCCUGUUCCUCCCGGAGGAGAAGGCAUUCUGGCUGCUGCACAUUAUCACCUCAGUUUACCUUCCCGGAACGCACGAGAUCAGUCUGGAAGGGGCCAAUAUCGACCUGUGGAUUCUCAUGAUCUUGCUUAAGGAGACAUUGCCCCAGGCUUACAACAAGAUCGUGAACACCGGAGGAUCUCCGUCCGGCAAAACCAAGGCCCCUGCGCUGACUGUCAACUCCGGGCUGCCCGACAUCACACUGGGUCUGACUAACUGGCUCAUGUCUUUGUUCAUUGGGACCUUGCCGCUGGAAACGACCCUCCGUGUGUGGGAUGUCUUCUUUUUCGAAGGGUCGAAAACCUUCUUUCGAGUGUCGCUGGCCAUCUUCAAGGCAUGCGAGAGAGACAUCAUGGCGGUAUCGGAUCCGAUGGAAGUAUUCCAGGUGGUGCAAACGGUGCCGAAGAAGCUGCUGGAUGCCAAUACCUUGAUGGACGAGUGUUUUGUGCGACGACAUCGGGUGGGACAGGGUCGCAUUGAAGAGCUGCGAGCCGCUCGGCGGACUGCCUUUCGACAGGAGAAGCUGCGGCGAUCGCAAGCCUUCAGCAAAGGACAGAUUCAGGCCGCUACCGAUGAGUGGCCUACUCGAUCGCGGACGCCAAUAGCGGGGAUUGAGCGCAGUCUUGCGGAUUCGUGGCGGCACAUGCGACAUAAUGCAUUUCGGUGA